UGCGUACAUCGGUUUCAAUGAGAGUAUAGUUGGUUGCUCUCAUAGCGCAAAGAGAAACUUUACAUUCUGUUCAUGGCUUUUCUUGAGGAAAAGAACGCGUUGCGAUUGUGUAUGAACUUGGCAGUUGUCGUGCUUGUGGCUCUGGCGUUUACGGCAACAAGCAUGCAACGCAUGGGCGAAAUCAAUAGAAAGGACUUCAAGAUCCAACAAACUUGGAGCGAUCAGCAGAAAGCCACCAUUAUUUCUAAAGGAACAGAGGGCAUGUGGCUAAAUAGAACAGGAUGGCCCAGAGGAGACUGGAAAACCGUCAAUAACUUUUACAACGGAGUCGAUUUCCAAAAUCAAUCCACGGAGCCAGUCUACUCGUCGUCCCAAAAAAGUUUUAAACAACGCCUGACACAAUCUUGGUUGAUCCAAGACGAAUCCGGACGAACGGUAAUGACGAAAUAUGGGGUGCAGAGCCGCCCAGGUGCAUUUGUGCACAUAGAUUUUGGUAGGCUUCACAAGGCCAGGCACCACGACUUCUUUGCAAUCACUAUUCGUGAUCCUUUCUCUCGUUUUUUGUCGGUGUUUACCUUUAUGCACCCACAAAACGUUCGUGCCCGCAAGGGAUGCAACCGAGAAUUUUGCAAGACCGGGAGCGCGUGGGAGUGCUUCCCUUCCGUGAAUGAUUUUGCGUGGCACUUAGCGUCAAACGGGACCUCCAAAAGCAUCGAUGGUAAUUUGACCAGUCAAAUAAGAAUCCAAGACUCCCCUGCAAACGAAAGUGUGCACACUCUGAAUUGUAGCGAAGUAGCACAGCAAUGGAUUGGUGGUGGUCAAGUCGAUGCUCCUGCUCAUUUUCGAUUCGGCACUAGAACAGUCGUGGACGAGUAUUUGCCUCCCGGAAGCGUAUUCAAUUCCACAAUUUUGGUGAUAAGAAACGAGUAUUUGUGGGAAGAUUGGAUUGCCACAAACGAAUGGCUAGGUCAGGAAAAAGGCACGGUUGCUACAUUUCCACUCGACGCAGUUCGGGAUUUUUCCCAACUCAAGCUACCGGUAACGAAGGAAUUAUCGGAUGACUCACGUCAAAUACUGUGUACGUUUUUACAGGAUGAAUACCGUGCAUAUCUCCAAGUGCUGCGAAUGCCGUGA